GUGAACAUUUAAUCGCCGGAAUAUUCCCACAUCCAGAGCCACACGGUCUCAAUUGAGAGACAAAUUCAAAUCAAAAUCGAGACAAAAUUAGGGUUUCUCGGUGAGAGGGAGGGAGCGAGAGAGACCUGAAAGGAGGAUAAGAGAGGAGAGGAGAGAGAUUUAGAGUGGGAGGGAGAGAGAUAUAUGUUCUGAGAGUGUGUUUAGGGUUUGCUUAAUUCGUCCCCAGAUCUCUACACUUUAGAUUGCAUCUUAUCUCAUGGAAAGGAAGCUUGUGGUGUUGGGGAUCCCGUGGGAGAUUGAUUCAGAUGGGCUUAAGGAUUACAUGUCCAAGUUUGGUGACUUGGAGGAUUGUAUUGUCAUGAAGGAUCGAUCAACUGGAAGAUCUCGUGGCUUUGGAUAUGUAACUUUUCAUUCUUCUGAAGAUGCCAAGGACGCUUUGAAAAGUGAACACUUUCUAGGCAACAGAAUCUUGGAAGUCAAAGUUGCUACACCAAAGGAAGAGAUGAGACAGCCUGCAAAAAAGGCUACCAGGAUCUUUGUUGCUCGUAUCCCUCCAUCUGUCUCUGAAUCAGAUUUCCGAAGUCAUUUUGAGAAGUAUGGAGAAAUCACUGACCUAUACAUGCCUAAGGAUCACAAGUCGAAGCAACACCGAGGAAUUGGGUUUAUAACAUUCGCUACUUCUGAUUCAGUGGAGGAUCUGAUGGAAGACACCCAUGAUCUGGGUGGGACAACGGUUGCUGUUGAUCGGGCAACACCAAAGGAGGAUGAUCCUCCUAGGCCACCGCCAGCGGCUAGGAUGCCACGCCCACCCGUGGCUGUUGCAGGUGGAUUUGGAGCCCCAGGUGGUUAUGGAGCUUACGAUGCUUACAUUUCUGCAGCUACAAGAUACGCAGCUCUUGGUGCUCCUACUCUGUAUGAUAAUGCUGCCUCGUUUUAUGGAAGACCGGAACCAACGAGGGGAAUAGGAAAUAAGAUCUUUAUUGGACGUCUUCCUCAAGAAGCCACCGUUGAUGAUCUUCGCGAUUAUUUUGGGAGAUUUGGACGUAUUCAAGAUGCAUACAUUCCAAAGGACCCAAAGAGAAGUGGACAUAGAGGUUUUGGAUUCGUUACCUUUGCUGAAAAUGGUGUUGCAGAUCGUGUAUCCCGGAGAUCUCAUGAAAUCUGUGGACAAGAGGUAGCAAUAGAUUCAGCGACACCUCUUGAUGAAGCUGGACCUAGCGCCGGUGGAAGUUCAACGUUAAGUUCUUCUCGCCCUGAAUAUAUUGGUGGAUAUGGAGGUCCAAUGCGCACUUUUGGUCGAAUGUAUGGAGGAGGCAUGAGCUUGGACGAUUGGGGAUAUGGGAUGCCGAGUGCAAGACAAUCAAGAUCAGACUGGAGGUACCGCCCCUACUAA